AUGGUGAUUUUGGCUUUGCCUGCAACAGUGCCACAGAAACAAAAACCCACCAAGAGAAAACCCUUUAACCAGAAAAGCUCCAGUAGUAACUAUGAUCGUAGGCCUCGACCAAGAAAAGAAAACAACAAGGAAGAGAUACAUUUUAAUCCUCAAGAAAAUGAGAAGCUAAGAACAACAGUGGUUUACAUUCAUGGUUCAGACCCUGAUGCCACAGAGUCUUCCAGUGAUGAAGGAGAACAAGAAGAGACACUAACCAAGAAAAGAGUUCGUGGUCAUUUCUUGCAGGUUGUUAGAAUAGCGGCCCAGAAUAAUGGUCAUGCUUCUCCCUCAAUGAUCACUAUUCAGGAAAAACAAGAAUUGGCCAAGAAUAAUGGUCAUGCUUCUCCCUCAAUGACCAAUAUUCAGGAAAAACAAGAAAUGGCCAAGAAUAAUGGUCAUGCUUCUCCCUCAAGGAUCAAUAUUGAGGAAAAACAAGAAUUGGGCAAGAAUGAUGGUCAUGCUUCUCCCUCAACGAUCAAUAUUGAGGAAAAACAAGAAUUGGCCAAGAAUGAUGGUCAUGCUUCUUCCUCAAUGAUCAAUCAGGAAAAACAAGAAUUGGCCAAGAAUAAUGGUCAUGCCUCUCCCUUAAUGAUCAAUAUUCAGGAAAAACAAGAAUUGGCUAAGAAUAAUGGUCAUGCUUCUCCCUCAAUGAUCAAUCAGGAAAAACAGGAAAUGGCCAAGAAUAAUGGUCAUGCUUCUCCCUCAAUGAUCAAUCAUGAAAAACAAGAAUUGGGCAGCAAGAGUCCUUCUCUCACAGAAAAGGAUGAUCAGGCUAUUCAAGAAAACGGAAGGGAAAGCAACAAGGUUGAGACAGAUGAAGAGAAGAAAGAUGGCGAUUCCUCUCGUUUAUUUACUUCUUCUCCUUCUGUCAAAGCAGCUGAUUUAGCUGUCCAAAAGGAGUUGGUAUCGGAGUGCAGCCCUUCAUGCCCAUCAGUUGGGUUGUGUGAUGUGCCAGGUCCAAUUCCUGAUAACUUGGAUAGCUUGAUGCUAGAUCGUAGUCUUGUUUUUAAUUUUUUUGAAGGUUUGCCUGAUAUAUAG